CACAGAGACACCCUGGAGGGCAGUCGUGUGGACUCUGCAGUGCAGACAGUGGAGAAGAGCCCUGCUGAGGUGCCGGGCUGCGAGGGGCCACGCGUGUCCGGGACACUGGCCAACCACACGGACACCAUGGCCACAAUUCUUCGAGUGACUGUGAAGACCAAGUGAGCCAUGGGUGGCUGCAGCGGGGAUCGCGUGGCCGGCGCCUGAGCCCCGCUCCGUGAGUGGAAGGCGCCAUGCAGCCGGAGCCCCAGGAGGGCUUCGAGCAGAGCGUGGAGGAGGCCCGGGCCUGGAUGCGGGCCGUGCAGGAGAGGCUGCAGCUCAGUGACAACACCCAGGGGCCCCGUGCCGCCCUGGAGGCCCGGCUGCACGAGACGGAGAAAAUAUGCCAGCUGGAGCCUGAGGGCCGCGUGAAGGUGGACCUGGUGUUGAGGGCGGCCGAGGUCCUGCUGGCCGGCUGCUCCGAGCUGCAGAGGCCCGAGGUCCUGGCCCUCCUGGGGGACAUCAAGGCCCAGUGGGAGGACACGGUCACCUACAUGACCCACUGUCACAGCCGCAUCGAGUGGGUGUGGCUGCACUGGAGCGAGUACCUGCUGGCCCGGGAGGACUUCUGCGCCUGGUUCCAGAGGACGCUGGCGGCGCUGGAGCCCCCGGCCGAGCUGCAGCUGGGCCUACGGGAGAAGCAGUGGCAGCUGAGUCACGCGCGGGUGCUGAGGGCUCACGUAGAUGGCCGGGGCGAGCUGCUGGGGCGGCUGCUGGACGAGGCCGCUGCCCUGUUCACCCGCAUCGGGGACCCCAGCGUGGACGAGGAUGAGCAGGGGAGGAUGCGGGCCCAGUACGACGCCGUGAAGGCCAAGGCCCAGAUCAGGGUGACGGAGCUGGAAGAGGUGGCCCGGGAUCACGAGGGCUUCCAGGCCGGCGUGGACCAGUUCCGGACGUGGCUGACGGUGCUGCGGGGCAGGCUGGAGGGCUGCCUGGCCCCUGGCAGCUCACAGAGCACCCAGGACCGGCUCUCAGAGCUGCAGGCCGUGGCCCAGGAGGUGCCCCGGGGUGAGGCCAUCCUGCGGGGGCUGGAGGAGCAGGCCCAGGGUGUUGCCCGCAACACCUCGCCUCUGGGCGCCCAGAAGAUCGCCCAGGAGCUGGAGGAGAUGCGGGAGGCCCUGGAGAAGCUGCAGGCCCGCGGGCAGGAGGAGCAGGCCCACCUGCGGGAGCAGCUGGAGGCCGAGGGGGCCUGGGAGCAGCGGAGGAGGCGGCUGGAGGCUGAGCUGGGUGACUUCCGGGCACGGCUGGGGGCGCUGGCCGAGGGGACCCCUCAGACCGCCCCCGCCAAGGGGGCCACCGAGGAGGAGCUGGUGGUCCACUGGAGACGCUGCUCGGCCACGUGGGAAGCACUGGCAUCCGAGGACUCCCGGGUGGACCGGCUGCAGGCCCAGCUGAAGGAGCUGCUUGCCUUCCCCCACGACGUGCAGCCCCUGUCGGACGCGGUGGUCGGCGCCAUGCAGGAGUACCAGAGCCUGAAGGGGCAGAGCGCCAGGCAGCGCAGCGCUGCGGGGGUCCGGCUGGGGCAGAGAUGGCGGCGUCCCCUACAGGACCUGCGGCUGUGGGCAGAGCUGGCCCAGCACUUCCUGGACGUGACCGCCAGCCUGCCGGACCUGGGCGCCGUCCACACCUUCCUGCCUCAGAUUCAGGCGGCGCUGGUGGAGAGCUCCCACCUCAAGGAGCAGCUGACAGCGCUGCAGCUCAAGGCGGACCUGCUGGGUGGCGUGUUCGGGCCUCAGCAAGCCGAGGGCUUCCUGGAGGAGGUGGCCAGGGAGGCUCGAGAGCGGGACUUGGUGCAUAACAGCCUCUUGCAGAGGAAGAGCAAAUUGCAGAGCCUGCUGGCCCAGCACAAAGAUUUCGAGGCGGCCUGGGAGUCCCUGCAGACGAAGCUCUCGGACCUCCAGGCCAGGACCCAGGCUGAGGACCUGCUGCAAACGGGCCUGGCUGGGAAGCAGAUGCAGCUUUCCAGGGCACAGGGGCUGCAGGAAGAGGGGCUGGACCUGGGGCAGCAGGUGGAGGCUCUGAGGCCUCUGGUCCGGGGGAACCUCGGACACCAGCACAAGAUGGACCAGCUGGCUGCUGACUGCCGGGCCCUGCAGAGGUCUCUGGAGGGCCGCGUGGAGGCGAGUCUGCAGGCCGUGUGUGAGCACCAGGCCUUCCGCCGGAGGCUGCAGGAGCUGGGCCAGUGGGUGGCCUCUGCGUCCGGGAAGCUGGAGUCACAGCGAGGGGAUCCCAAGGCCCGAGAGGAGGCGGAGGGGCUGCUGGCGGGUGUCCCCGAGCGGCGGGUGCAGCUGGCACUGCUGGAGGUGCAGGCGGAGGCCCUGGAGCGGACCUGCCCCCCCGACGACGCCCGGCAGCUGCGGGAAGAACUGCGGAGGCUGCAGGCGGCCUGGCGGGGCCUGUGCAGUGCCGCCAACAUGGAGCAGACGCCGGGGAUGGACGUGGAUGCCCAGAAGAAGACGGUCUUCACCAACAACAUCCCGAAGGGGGGCUUCGUGAUCACCCCGGAGGACCCCCACCCCAGGCAGCGCCGGGGGGCCAGCCGGCUUCAGCUUCAGGGGGAAGAAAGAGGACGAGGAGGAGGAGGAGGAGGAGGGGGAGAAGAAGACGCCUCCCGGCUCCUGGGGGCCUUUGAGCAGUGGCUGCAGGAGGAGGAGGCCAGGCUGGUGAGAAUUAUUGAUGCCGAGGCUGUGACCGCCAGUGGCCUGAGGACCCGGGCACGGAGGCUGCAGGAGCUGGAGGCCCGUGUCCCCAAGGGCCAGAGGCUCUUCCAGAAGCUUCUCUGCACGGGGCCGGCCAGGCUGGGCUCGGAGAAGCUAGAAGGGCUGCGCUAUCGCUGGAUGCUGUACAAGGCCAAGCUCAAGGACUGCGCACCCCUGCUGGCUCAGAGUUCUCCCGGAGAGCCAGCCGGAUCCCAGAAGCCCCCCAGGCGGAGGCCCGGCCCCGGCACCUUCUGGCGGAGGGUGUGCUGUGUGGCGCUCCCCCUUCAGCUGCUGCUCCUGCUCCUGCUGCUGCUGCUGCUGCUGCUGCCCACCGGGCACCGUGCCCGCAGCUGCGCCCUGGCCAACACCUUCGCCAGCUCCUUCCGGCUGGCCCUGCACCACCACGGGCCCCCGCCCACCUAGCCGGCUGCGGGGGCCGCCCAGAUGCCAGCCCGGACAGAGUCCCCGCAGGGCCACCAGGUGCCCCGCAGCUCUGCGGGGGCCACUGCCUGCAUCCGGGGGCACGUCCGUGUCUGAGUCCCUGGGAGCACUGGGUGGAGGCGGGACGUGUCCCUGUUCCGGAAGUCAGCCCCCAGGCCGCCGGAGGCCGGGGGAGCAGGUACACUGACCUGGGUCUCAUACCGGUUUUUACAAAGCUAUUUAUUUCAUGCGGAAGGGGAGAGAGGAGAAAGCAGAGGAGGGAGGCCUCAGAGCAUCUUGCUGGAACAGGCGGUGACAGGAAUGGACCUCUGGUCCUCACGGGGGUCAGCUCCACCCCUGCACGGCCUCCCAGCCGCUGGGCCGGGCUGCGAAGGUGGGAGCGGGGUGGGGGUGGGGGUCAGGGAGGGGCUGUCCCAGUGGCGGCUGUGACAGGUGACAUCAGGAUGGGUACAAGAGCUCCCAAGCGCAGACCCCAAGCUGGAGCAGAAAAGGGGGCAUCGCUGAGUUUGGGGACCCCUAAGCCCACCACUCAGCCUCUGGCCAAUGACUUGGGGACAGGGUGUGCCCCUCAGGAUGCCAGGCCCCCCCCCAGGCCCUGCCCAGCUGACUCUCAUCCCUGGGGGCUCUCUCUGCGACGCUCUGAAACCAGAAGUGAGGCCCUGGCUCAUGGGGCCCUCCGGGUGGGUGGUUCCUGGGGGACGCGUCUCCUAGAAUAAUACUGCAGGCUCUGACCAGGUGACCUCUGAACCCUGGAGACCCCCCCCAUCUCAGUCUGUCAGCCAGUAAGCCCCUUGCAUAGACGGCGGUCAGAGUCCCCACUCAUGCCCCCGCCCCUCAUAGAAAUCAUUCUACCCUCGUCUUUGAGGGUCAGCCUAGCCUUGGUGUAGACCCCGGGUUGGGGGGGACAGGCCACCAGAAAUGAGGGACGAGCUUGGCCUGUACCAGACUGGGGGGGGCAGGAAAGUCAGAGCUAUUGGGGGGUCCUGCUCUCCCCCUUCUCGGGCUCACACAGCAAGAGGCAGCUACACUGGGCUGGGGCCUGGACACCCUCCCCAGCACCAGCAACUGGAAAGAGCAAAAGCCUUCACCUCCUGGGGCGGGUGAGAAGCUGCACUGUGGGGCUCCUGGGAGAAGAAGCUGGUUUUGUAACUUCCACGCCUUGAAUUCCUCAAAUCCUGGCUUGUUGGCAUACCUGCUAUUUUUUAAAAAGAGAAUCAAUAUUUUCCUUACUUUGCUCUAAUACAGUUGUGAUAUAUAAUA